UUCCCAUUUUACACAAUUCAAUAUGCAGUUACCAUAGUCUCCUGAUAGUUUGAAUACUAUUGGGUACCCACAGGUACAGUGCAUCUAUUACAGGUCCCGGCUUAACUGCUGAUUUGGUCAGCAGUUGGUUUUCAGACCUCAUCCAACAUGGUGUCCAAGAAGAGUCGUCUCCUGGCCACAGUCUUUCCAUAUCUGGACAUCUUUUCCGUGUUUGCCCUCACACCGCCGCCCCAAAGUUUUGGCCACACUCCACAUAGACGACUUAGAUGGUACUUGAUGACUGGCUAUGUUUGCUAUGCGGCCGCGAUCCUUGUGAUGACCUUCCUUGUGACCUAUGCAAACAUUAUCGCCAUUGACGAGGAGGUCCUGGAGUACAAUGUGGCUGACUUUACCAGAGUGAUGGGCAAUAUACAAAAGAGCCUGUAUUCGGUUAUGGCCAUCACCAAUCAGCUUAAUAUGCUGUUUAACUAUCGACGGCUUGGUGAAAUCUACAAGGACAUUGCCAGUUUGGAAAACGAUAUGGACGAGGCAUCGCAGUGUUUUGGUGGACAAAAGCAACGAUAUAGCUUCCGUGUUCGCCUGGCCUGCUGUUUGGGCUUUUGGAUGAUCCUGAUGAUGUGCUCCAUGCCCCGCUUAACAAUGACGGCCAUGGGUCCAUUUGUCAGUUUGCAGUUCAAGAUACUCACCGAGUUCGUCAUGAUAAUGCAGCAGCUCAAGAGUCUGGAGUACUGCGUAUUUGUACUCCUGAUCCACGAAUUGGUCCUGCGGUUGCGCCACACUCUUCUUCAGCUGCAGCAGGAGUUCCAGGACUGCGAGCAGCAGGACAUGCUCCAAGCUCUCUGCGUGGCUCUAAAGCGCAAUCAAUUGCUUUUGGGACGGAUUUGGAGACUGGAGGGCGACGUGGGCAUCUACUUCACGCCGACCAUGGUGCUGCUGUUCCUCUACAAUGGACUGACCAUUCUUCACAUGGUCAACUGGGUGUACAUCAACAAGUUCCUCAACGAUUCUUGUUGUCACUAUGAACGAUUCUUUGUCUGCUCUACGCUGAUAAUAAACCUUCUACUGCCCUGUCUUCUGUGUCAGCGUUGCAUUAAUGCGUAUAACUGCAUUCCACGAAUCCUGCAUCAGAUUCGUUGCACAUCCGCAGACCCGAACUUCCCCAUGUUGUCCAGAGGUUUGCGGGAAUACUCCUUGCAAAUGGAGCACCUGAAGUUACGCUUCACAUGCGGCGGAUUGUUUGACAUCAACUUAAAAUACUUUGGAGGGUUGCUCGUCACCAUUUCUGGUUAUGUCAUAAUCCUCUUACAAUUCAAAGUGCAGGCGAUUGCUGAGGACAGAUACAAAUCAAGUAUCGACGCCUAGCGGAUUAAGACUCAUUUAAAAGAGUAGUUAAGUAAUUAAUAUAAAAGGUAUUUUCCUCUUUAAGCGAAUGAAAGUAAAGGUACAUUUUAUCUUUCCUGAUUCUGAUCAUCUUUUAAAACCAAUAAAAGGCAGUAAUUGCAGUAAUGAGCAAAAA